AUGCAAGUUCUCAAGAGGAUUUUCAUAGCAGUUCUCGUUACUUGUUUCCUCACAAAUGAUGCGUCUGCAGCCCAGUGUGGGUGUGCAACAGACUCUUUGCAUGUUCGAUCUGGAGCAGGAACAACGCAUCGAAUUAUGGGAACAAUCCCUGCUGGUGAAUGUCACACAGAUAAAGGAGGUAGACAAACAGCUAAUGGAUAUACAUGGGCUAAUAUUGACUAUAAUGGACAUGAUGCUUGGGCUGCAAUCAAUUGGCUGAAUUUCAAAACUUGUCAGACCCAUCAAUCAUCUUCGUCUGGCUGUCCGAACAUUAUCUCACGUGCUGGAUGGGGUGCUCGUAGUCCAACACACGCACACUCUCUUCUAACGAAAGUCCCAAAUCACGUGUACAUCCACCACGGCGCCUCAGGUGGAUGUCAUACGCAGUCAGCAUGUAUUGCUAAAGUCAAGGCUUACCAAAAUUACCACAUGGACGGUCAUCACUGGAGUGAUAUUGGUUACAGUUUUGUGGUUGGGGAAGAUGGUAAUGUUUAUGAAGCCAGGGGAUGGGAUGCUGUAGGAGCUCACACUUUAAAUCAUAACCAUGAUGGCCUAGGUAUCUGUGUCAUUGGUAACUUUCAAGACCAUGUUCCAAAUGACGCUGCUCUUAAUGCAAUAAAGAGUCUUAUACAUUGCGGAGUCAACAAAGGUAAAAUCACAGCCAGCUAUAUCCUGAAAGGUCACAGAGAUGUCGGACAAACAGCUUGUCCCGGACAGAAAUUGUAUGAUUUAAUUCAAGCAUGGCCUCAUUAUAACCACUGAUUAAUAAAGAAAUGCAAUGAUUUAAUAUAUAGAGACUUUAAUAACUGAAUUGAAUUUAAAACAAGUUGUACGUCGGUCUAACCUAUGCUUGUAUCUCUCUACUCAGUUCUUUAUAAAAUUGCACAUCACGACUUUUUGACAUCAAAUAAAUUCAAUUCAAACGAGAAAACUAUCAGCCUAAUUUAUAACAAAACAAUUUACGCAUAACAAAUACGACAGACAUGAUCCAACGACAAACAUUGAUCUACAGGCACAUAAAGAUUCUGACUGGGCUUAACAUUUUUGUGAGCACACAAGCUUCCCCAAAUCGGGGACAGUGGUGUAACAACACAACACAAGAAAAAAACAGUAAAAAUCAGUUGCAAUUGGCGUAACUCAAAAGAUCGGUACGAGUCACAAAAACAAUAGACAAAAAGCACCGUCAUAAAAAUACUCGCAGUUACUGAAAGCUAGUUCAAAGCCAAUUACAACUAAUAAAUAAGUUCUCCCAGACUAAAGUAUCAAUCAGUAAACAUCCAACGUAUUUAGUGUGAAGACAUCAUGAACAGUCUGAUCGUGAGAAACGCAUAACCUUGAGCAAUGCCAAAAUAAAGUUGAAAUAAUCAAUUGGACAGUAUUCUAUUUACAAUUUACCUGAGUGCUCCAAUACAUAAACAAUUCUACUUUUUUUGCUAGAUCCCAUACAUAAUGGAUAUCCUUCAGAAGUUGAAAAAAAACUUUCAAUAGAUAAAAACACAAUCGAAUUAACUUUUACACAAUUUAUACUUAUUGAAAGUAUCAGAGUUAUAAUGUAUUUAUAAUAGGCGAUGGUACAUGUUUCAAAUUGAAUUAUCAGAAUAGACUCAUUCUUUACGUGCUUGUUCCAAGUCAGGAGCCUGCAGUCCAGUGGUUGUUGUUGGUUUAUGUCUGUUUUAUUAUUUUUUUUCGUAAAUUAUUUAGUUAUGAAUUAGGCCGUUAGUUUUUCUCGUUUGAAUUGUUUCACAUUUUUCAUGUCGGGGCCCUUUAUAGCCGACUAUACGGUAUGGGUUUUCUCAUUGUUGAAGGCUGUACGGUUGCCUAUAAUUACUUAGAUCCAUUUUAUUUGAACUUUGGUGGAUAGUUGUUUCAUUGGUAAUCAUACCACAUCUCCUUAUUUUUAUAUUAUUAUUAAAAAGCAUUAUAUGUAUGCAAUAUCAGUCGGUUCAGUCGGGACAUUAUUUCGCUUGUGAUUUUAUUCUUUAGUAUGAGAAAUAUUGAGUAUUUCAUUUUUAUAAGACUAAUUAAUAUGAAAUAAUGUGUUAAGGGCAGAAGAGACAGUAUCGUUUGUUUAAUUCAGAGUUUAUUCACCUUUAUUUUGGUAAGGAACGCGCUUAUGGGAAAUAAACCCUUGUUUCUCACUCCUUAUGUUUCAAUAAAUUCAAGGAGAAGAUUUAUGAACAUUGACCAAUCAGAAUCAAAGUCUGAAUCUGACUGCAUGUUUUUUCAUCUGAUCAGAAUUCAAAAAGUGAUGAAAAUACCUCACA